CACCCCUGAAUCUGCAACUUGUGAACAGUGGGAAAGAGCUGGAGGUUCGAGCUCGGAGCAUGAUAAGCAUGAUACACCCUGAGCCCCCAGACAACAAACCCAGUCCGGCUGAGAACAUUUUCCUGACGGCUUUUGAGGUCAGUGGUCAUGUUUAAACCAAGGACCCCCAUGUGCUGAUCGAAUAACAGCACAACUCCUCAUUUCUCCCAGCGACUAUUCGAAAAGAUCCGGAGGGUCAGUUGAGUGAGGUCAGGAAAAUGGGACCGCAGAGCUUCCAACAUUUCCCCGCUCAUCAUUACUUCGUCCGUGUCUACAGGCACGUCGCAGUCAUGCUGGCCCUUCUAAACAGAACGGCCACCUUCCUAUCGUCCGAGGAAUGGAGGACCGUCCCCUGGAAGUUUCAUCCCAAAUCAGCCCUGGAUCGCCUUCUCGAUAUCUUGUUUCUCAGCCCCGGCCUGUUCGUCCGCACUGAUGCCCUCGUUCCUGCACCUGCAACAACCACCCGUCGUACGAAGGCACAAAAGCUCCUUCACGACUGCCUAGCCGUGGAAUCCCAGCUAGACCACUGGCAUGCCACGCUUACUGGGCCGGGGGAAGGAGAACCAAUCGCCCGCCCGAUCUACUGGGCCGAGGACACGGAGUCUCCCUCGGCCAUCGUCGACCCACAACACAAUCCCUUUGCCGGCUGUCUGGCAUUCAGGGACGACCCCACGGCACUUGCACUUCUUACCUACUGGACGGCCUUGCUCCUGCUCAACGCCUCCAGUAACCGCGUACACGCAGCCGUUUGCGCGCCGGUCCUUGACGAUUAUCCUAAUCUGUAUCCAGAUCUUCCCCCGAGCUUACGAAUCGAUGCCAGUAAGUAUCGGCAGGGCAGGGAGUACGCAUCCUGCAUUUGCAGGGGCCUAGACUUCGCCCUCGCCGCAGGAGUCCAGGUCGACGCGCUCGUGGCUCCCCUGGUUGUAGCGCAAGGAGUGUAUCGAGAGAUAAAUACUGCCUCGAGAGAUGGAGAAUUGGAAGUCGUAUGGUGUGAAGCCUUUCGCGAAGGGUUGGUGACAACGGGCCAAUACAUAGUGGAAAGCAUCUCCAGUCGCAGUUGGGUUGAAGCAGGGCAGUUCUGAGCAGUUCCUGCUUCCCGUUUUUCUUCAUUUCCAUUUCGAAUCAAACUUAGUGGCAUCUUAGACCAGACCACCCGGAGCUGGUCUUCAUCGGCGCGGCCAUAGUCAGGUAUCUCGUUUGUCUGCUUGUCUGCUGAGGACGAAAGUCGGGCAAUUUAAGAUGUGCAAAGUACUC